AUGUCAACUGCUUUCCCUUUUCUCCGUCUUCCCGAUAAGGCAUCCAAACUUGUGAUUCAAUGCAUGGAGUAUACUGAAAUUGUUGGAUUUUCACUUGCGUCUAACAAAACUAAGGAAAUUGUCAGAUCUCUUAAUUUACAUAUGGAACGAAUUGAUCUGGCGGUGAACAAUAUUAUCACAGUUCGAUUGGACUCAAAGGAAGGAAGUCCGUCAUCCAUGGUAUGGAGUUUUUAUCCGCAGGAGGACAGUCCCGGACCGAUUCCGGUUUAUAUGCCGUCUCGUGUAACCGGAAUGAUCACUGAGCGAAGCUUUGUGGAAUACCAAAAUCCAGGUCUUAGCAUUCAAAAAUGGAUAGAACAUUUUCAAUAUAUAUUCUCUAUUGAAGAAAUUAACUAUCUUUCUUUUGCGGACGAAACAUGUAAAUUUGAUUGGAUUUCUCUGAAAGAUACAUUUGGAAAAUUCAAGAUUCUUACGAUCUUUUUCCACGAUGUGUGUAGUUUGGAGUGUGCACAAAUGGCAUUGAGACAUUUUCCAUCGGCUAGAAAUUUGACUCCAUUCAAUUCAAAUUUCAAUGAUCCCAAUCUCUACAGUAACAUUCUGAUUCAAAAUUGGGAUUUAUUGGUUCUUGGAGUCGAAGUCUUUAUGUCUUUGAGAAUUGGAUUGGAUGACCUUUUAUUGAUGAACAGUAAGGAUAUCACAGUUCAAUCUCCAACUGUAACCGACAAAAUGGUCAAUCAAUUCUUCAAACAUUGGAUUAGAGGGUCCAACCCGAGAAUGGAAUUGGCACGUUUCGUAUUUGUCAAUGGUCAAGUUGUGAAUAAGGAAAUUGUAUUGAAAGGUUUGCAAUAUCAAGUAGUGCUAAUGGAUCCAAUUGAAGGAGAGGGCGAAGAAGAAGUUGAAGGAUAUGAUAUCCGACGAAACGACGGAACUGUGGGAACUAUAUCAAUCGAACAAACUGAUCAAGGAUGCGAUGUUUAUUUUCAAAUUUUCGAAUGA